GCCCAACCUGUCACUCAGACUGUGCCGCCUCCAAUCGUUGAGCAGACUUUUAAUCAUAUAUGAUUUUGGCGGCGGUCGGAAGAUGGCGGAAAAUUUGAAAGCUCAAGUGUGUAGGGUAGCAUGCAUUGCCAAUGCAGACCAGCUGGAGGCAAUCUGUCGAGAGCAGGGGGUGAAAUGCGAAGAGCUGGGCAUCAACAAGAACAACCUGUGUGACUAUGAGGUAGAAUACCUCUGCGACUACAAAAAGAAAGUGAUCAAUGAUGGGAAGACACAAAUCGUACAGGAGUUGUACUUGGUGAAAUGGAAGGGCUACCCUGAAUCCAGCAACACAUGGGAACCACGGAAGAACCUGAAGUGCAUAGAUCUGCUCAACCAGUUCUGGGAGGACCUGAAUGCGGAGAUGCAGAGACAGCAGAAGCGCUCCGCCCCUCGUCGCCUAGAUCCUGCCACCGUGUCGCAGCUUAUCCAGCGGGCGAAACUCCGGCAGACCCUUAAACAGUGGGAGACACACCUCAACAGCCUGGGCGCCCACAAGGGCCACAUCUAUGUUCGGAACCAGGUCGACCUGGAGGGCCCGCCUAAGAACUUCACCUACAUAAAUGACUAUAAAGUUGGUGAUGGGAUCAUGCUGAAUGAGGUGUCUGUGGGCUGCGAAUGCACAGACUGCCUGGACAACCCCGUGGAGGGCUGCUGUGCCGGAGCGUCGCAGCACAAAUUUGCUUACAAUGAGUUAGGCCAGGUCCGCAUUCGGCCCGGGUUGCCCAUUUAUGAAUGCAACAAGCGGUGCCGCUGUGCGCUCGACUGCCCCAACAGAGUGGUGCAGAGGGGCAUUCAGUAUUCCCUCUGCAUUUUUAGGACAGACAAUGGCAGGGGCUGGGGGGUACGGACCAUGGAGCGCAUUCGCAAGAACACUUUCGUCAUGGAGUACGUUGGGGAGAUCAUUACGACAGAAGAAGCAGAACGCAGAGGUCACAUAUACGAUAAAGAAGGUGCCACCUACCUUUUUGACCUGGAUUAUGUGGAUGACGAGUACACUGUGGAUGCUGCGCACUAUGGAAACAUUUCCCACUUUGUCAAUCACAGCUGUGACCCAAAUCUUCAGGUAUAUAAUGUGUUUAUUGAUAACCUGGAUGAGCGGCUGCCACGGAUAGCAUUCUUUGCCACACGUGGGAUAAAGGCAGGAGAGGAGCUCACCUUUGACUACAAAAUGAAGAUUGAUCCAGUAGAUGCCGAGAGCACGAAGAUGGAUUCUAAUUUCAGUCUGACGGGACUCCCAGGAUCCCCUAAGAAGCGUAUGCGCAUGGAGUGCAAAUGCGGGGUACCAACAUGUCGAAAGUAUCUCUUUUAGAGGAAGUUCAUGCUAAAGAGGGACUGAAAAAAGAUCAUGUGUUCAAGUGAAUAUGUUGAAACAUCUGCAGUUUAGGAACUGUUUCGGCAGGUGUUUUAAAAAAUAUUUCAUUGAAUUAAGUAUAUAUUUAAGUUUUUUUUUUAUUUCCCCAAGAUGAACCUCAACUUUUUCCUCAGAAUUGUUUUCCGCAGUGUUUAAAUAGUGUAUAAAAUGUGGCAUUACUCUUUCAAUUUGUCCGUUAGAGAAGAUGUUUGUAAAGUUCCAAAAAAAAAGUGCUUUUCAUAAUUGUUUUAAAAUUAUAUUUUAAAUCAUAUCAAAGUCUUUGACACCAUGGAAUUCUUACACAAAUGAUUUAAAAAAUUUUAAAUGUUCAUAUGCUUUGCUUGAAUAGGAGGAAUUAUCUUUUUUUUCUUUUUCCAACAAACUUUUGUAGUGUAACUUUUUGCCCUGUUUUUAGCAAAUAUCUUUAGACCAGUGUAAAAUAUCAAAAAUAUACAAUGUCCUUCCUUCUAAUUUUUUUUUUUUUUUUUUUUUUUUCACGACUUGAAAUUUCCACCAGGGGGCAAAAUUUUACUUUUAAUGCACAGAAAGGGAAGUUUGUUAGACUGAGGGAGGUGGACCUACAAGAGAUGUUGCCUUUUACGCAUGCAAAGUGUUAUCAUUCUGUUUUAUGUGUAUAUAGUCUAAAACAUGACAAAAUAUAUUCAUACUGUCAAACUGGUCUUUCAUUGAAUGUAUUUGAGAGCUGGACUUCAUGGAUGCGUAAAUGAGUGUGAGAGCUUAAGUUUGGUUAUUUCACCGAUCUGACUACUAUUUAGGGUUGUAUUGCCCAAAUGUCUGAUGAACCUAUUGUUCGCAGUGGUUUCUACAGUCUACGUAUGCUUAGAAUAUUUUUGGGAAACGCAGCUCAGGUGGUUUUCAGAACUGGUCAGUGUAGCUGGAAUGUGUGCUGUAGAUUUAUGAGAUGUUGCAUAAAUUCUGGAUUAGCUUAUGCUCAGGAACAUUUCCUUAUUAAAUUCACAUAAUUAUAUAACUAUCAUCCUCAACCAAAUCUGUGCAUAUGUAUAUAUUAAAAGACUACCACUUGUUAUUUUUAUGUUUUGUAUUAAAAAAAAAUCAAGUUACUUUGUCAGACCUCACAUUUAUCACACACUCAUGCAUGUGAAAAAAACUUUGUCCUCUUGUUUAUUAAAUCAUAUCACGAGUUCCGGGCCUUUGUGAAUAUAACUGUUCAUUACCAAAGUUACAUUCAUUUCUGUUUGGAUAAUUUCACAUUUUGCUGACAUUGACAGCAAGCUUGAUUUUAACAUUGAAGGGCUGUACACAAAAAAAGCUCUGAAAUAAAUUGGUCAGUUUUUAUCAGUUA